GUAAUUCAAUCAAUCAAUCAAUCAAACCCUCUCUCUCUCUCUCUCUCUCUCUCUCUCUUCUGUCAGAUAUUCGCUUAAUCGGUCCCCAAAAUCUUCAUUAUUCGAUUGUCGUUUGCCAUGUGUUAUUUGUGUGUAAUCGUGCGGGGAUUGUUGCUCGUCUGAUGAUGAAUGGUGGUUUCGGAGUUAGGGUUGGAUUCUGAAGAUUUAGGGUUAGAAUAUUAUCCGAGGAUGGGGGGUCCUUGAUUGUGAAUGAAACCAUCCUGUCGAGUUGAUUGAUUUCCCAAUUUUUGUUUUAAUUCAUUUAUUUCUUUAGCUGCGUAAUCGGAGCGAACCGUUGUUUUUCGAUCCGGUGGGCUGUUGAUUUGGCAAAUUUUGAUCGGUUUUGGGGGCGGGUUGUUUGGUGGAAUUUUACUCGAGAGGCUACCAGAUCAUGGAUCAUGUUAUUGGCGCAAAGUUUAAGUUGGGGAGGAAAAUCGGGGGUGGCUCUUUUGGAGAGCUCUAUCUAGGUGUAAAUAUACAAACUGGAGAGGAAGUGGGUGUCAAGCUGGAACCUGCCAAGACCAAGCACCCUCAACUUCAUUAUGAAUCCAAAAUUUAUAUGCUUCUUCAAGGAGGAACUGGUAUACCUAACCUCAAAUGGUUUGGAGUUGAGGGUGAGUACAAUGUAAUGGUUAUUGAUCUCCUUGGACCAAGCUUGGAAGACUUGUUCAACUAUUGCAACAGGAAGUUCUCAUUGAAAACAGUUCUAAUGCUUGCAGAUCAGUUGAUUAACAGAGUGGAAUAUGUUCAUUCUAGAGGUUUCCUUCAUCGUGAUAUCAAGCCUGACAAUUUUUUAAUGGGUCUAGGACGCAGAGCAAAUCAGGUUUAUAUUAUUGACUUUGGGCUUGCAAAAAAGUAUCGGGAUCUUCAGACUCAUAAACACAUACCAUACAGAGAAAAUAAGAAUCUCACAGGCACUGCUCGCUAUGCUAGUGUUAAUACACACCGCGGUGUUGAACAAAGCAGAAGGGAUGAUCUGGAAUCUCUUGGUUAUGUGCUUAUGUAUUUCCUAAGAGGAAGUCUUCCCUGGCAGGGGCUGAAAGCUGGCACCAAAAAGCAAAAAUAUGACAAGAUCAGUGAAAAGAAGAUAUUGACCCCAAUAGAGGUACUUUGUAAAUCAUUUCCAUCAGAAUUCAUAUCAUACUUCCACUAUUGUCGGUCAUUGCGAUUUGAAGACAAGCCAGAUUAUUCAUAUUUGAAGAGACUUUUCCGUGACUUAUUUAUUCGAGAAGGUUAUCAGUUUGAUUAUGUUUUUGAUUGGACCAUAUUGAAGUAUCCUCAGAUCGGUGCCAGUUCUAGAGGACGGAAUCCUAGCGGGAAUACUGGCUUAAAUCCUGGGCCAUCUGCAGAGAGACCAGAAAGGAUCUCAGUGGGACAGGAGAUCAGAGAUAAAUUCUCGGGUGCAGUUGAAGUAUUUACCAGAAAACAAGGUUCAGGUUAUGGUCGGCAUGGUGACCUAGCCAAAAACAAGAAUUCUGAUGAUGUACCUUCGUCCAAAGAUGUGGAAUAUGAUUCAGAAAGAGGCCGAUCUUCACGAAAUGGCAGCUCCUCAAAACGUGCUAUUUCCACCAGCAGACCCACGUCGUCUGGCGAAACAAGUGAAGUGCGCCCAAGCCGGCUGGCCCCUAGUGGCGGACGCUUUUCUACGACACAGAGAAUUCAACCAGGGGUUGAGCCAAAAUCAUCACCAUUUACUCGGACCACAAUGAUGAAGGGCCCCCGUGAUGAUACCCUUCGCAGCUUUGAGCUCCUCUCACUGAGGAAGUAAGCUGCUGGAUUUCUUUCGCCGUCAAGUAGUAUUUUACUCAUGUGCCAAACAAAUUGAUGAAAGACUACUCUAUAUAUUGAAGCAUUAGCACUAUCACAAUCUUGUAUAUUGUAAACAUUGUCUUACAUCCCUCCACCUCCCUCCCUCCCUCCCACAAUCAGUUGUCUUUUGGCGUCUCUUCUUAUUUGUUUGGUGUUGCCGGGCAUUGUAGCUCAUGUUUAUACUCAUCCAAAGAGGUUCGAAAUCUAUAUGGAAUGGCCCAUAAAUUUUCAAUUA